GUUGUUUUGAAAAAGUUAUCUGUGCUUUCUCCUCGCUAAAUUGAGAAUUAAUCAAGUAGAGGAUGGACGGAACCGUGGUGUAUCAGUCAAGGUUAGCCUAGUUUGUACAGUUUAAGUUAAAAUUUUGGAAAAUUUCACGUGUCUGUUCAAAUCCUUCCAAGUACCGGCUGACCUCGAGCUCUAAGUAAGCCUAUUGACUGUUUGGUUAAAUACGUUGAACACCUUUUAUUUCAAAUUCAUAUGAAUAUAAACUUGUUUUCUAUAGUUACCUAAUGCUUUCCACGAUAAGCACACUACAGGUAAAUCAGUUGCUGGUACGUCACAUGUUGUGUAAACAAAGCCGAUAACCUCCGACGAAAGUGCUGUGGUGUCCAACGUUGGAUAGUGAUUAACUUCCUUCAAUCGAAAGUGCCAGCGGUAGUCAAUCUGUAUCAAGUUUUUUACCCCACCAAGUCAUCGCUGAUUUCAAUUUUCAGAAAUUUGUCGCGCUGUGGAGAGUGUCCCGAUCAAUUCCUAAAGACUUAAGUAAUUUAUACGUUUAUCGGACGAAUAUACGGCAUAAAAUUAACCUUCUACAUCCCAACAUUAGUAUGCAAGUUCUCCAUACCGUUUUUUAUACAUUUUCUAUGGUACCUACUAGGAGAAUUUGACUUAAUUUCGUGAGCUUUAUGAGUUCAUGAUCAUUUUCUCUAUUCUCGUGACCUGAAAGUUUUAUUCAGAAGUGUUACUUUUGGGAGAAGUUAUAUGCUUAUCACCAUCAAGGUUCCAAAGGUAGAAGCAAGAUUUCAAUCUCUUCGGUGAUGCUUUAAGAAUGUUGUACUUGUGCGGCUUGUGUUGUUGUAGUAUGAACUCAAAAUGCCAUGCAAAUGCUACUCUUAUAAAAGUUCUGUGGUCAUAAUGAAGAACCCCUUCUCCACCCCCCUCAUAUUUUCCAAUGACCUUCCACUGGGUUGUGGGGGAUAUUUUCUGGAAAAUCAUGCUGCAACAUUCAUAGGGUUUUAAGUAUUCAUGUUUGUUCUUUUAAAAUGUUUAUGGACUUAGGAUUUUUCCUUACCAGUUUGAUUUGGACUUUCCCUUGAGUAUUUGUUCCCUUUAACUAAAAUAAGUGAAAGUUAAUGUAAAAUUGGGAGGAAAUUUUCUAUGCAAAUUCAAAAUUUUAAUCAUGACAGAAAAUAAAAUCCGAAGUAGUUAUAUAUCCCCAGUGACCCUUCCCCUAGUCAUCAAUAUAAUUUAUUUGGAUUAUCAGUCAAUGCUAGUAAUCAUGAGCAAUGAAUUCAUGUUUAACUUAGUUAAUAAUUGGUUAAUUUGAUUUUUUAAAAUUAUCUUCUUUUACAGUACUGAUAAUGAUUCCCCUACUAUGACAGAAGCCAUCAAAAUGAUCACCAAAGCUUAUGACCUCUGCUUUUCAAACAAGUUCCUACAAGCAAAGGCAGACAUAGAGCCAUGGUAUGGAAAUUUCAAUUUAUAGGUCUAGGCACAAACAUAAUAAUGUAUGAAAAAGUUUUUGUUAGGGCUGACUCCUCUUCCUCCUAAAAAUUACAUUAGUCUCUGUAGAAAAUUGUAAUCAAGUAACUCGUGGGUUUCACUACCUGUUCAAGGGGGCAUCUCUCUUUCUUCAUUUUUGAAGUUUAACAAAACAGAUUUUAAUUAAAAUUGUUAGAGAAAAUUAUGGUACUUUGUCUGGCCCUCUUGGAAAGCCCCCUCCUCCUCCUCCUACUAUUUGUCGGAUGGACAAUGAUUGCUAGAUAAAGCGUUAGUCUAGAAUUUAUAUAAUUACACCUUUACAGGGUGUGAAAUUACGCCUAAUACAGGUGCCAAUGUGACUGAAUUUUUCACAUUGGCGACCAAAUCCUGAAAAGUAGUUGCCAAAUUGGCAACUAGAAUGCUUCAUCAUGACCUUAUCUUCAAAAAUGGCAACCAACUUUUUUGAAUUGACUACUACUUUGAAAAAUUUGGAAGCCAAGUGGCUAUCAGAAAAAAAAUAAUUAAUGUAAUUGCCCUGCAUUACUCCAAUCUAUUUUGUGAGACAAUCUGAGCACAAAUCAUCAUCAGAUUCUGGUUUUCAUUUGGUGAAAAACUGCUAUAAUAAUUCUUGUUAUUGAAAAGCCAGUUCUUUCCACAAUAAAUAUACCUUUUCAGGAUUUCCCUCAGCCAGAAAAUCUCCCAACAUGUACAAUUUGUUUAAGGAUACAGUCAAGUGGAAAUAUUUGUUGGCUCGACAAAUCGUGUAUUUGUAAUAUCAGAAUGUUGGAUAAAUGGAUAUCGAAGUUUAGUCUAUGGUUUCAGGAUCAACAAAAGCAUGUACCAUGCAAUUGCACACAGCAGUAUUAUGUGC